AGAAAGAGGGAGGAGGAAGGCCAAGAAGCUCCUCCUCCGCCUCCCUUUCCUCUUGGCUGGGCUGUUAUUUCCUCCUUCCUAAACCCGUAAGGGACGCUGCGCCAGAAGAGAUCAGAAGUAAGGACCUUCCUGGACCCUUCUCCACCAGAUCUACAGAAUGAGUUACCCAGGGUAUCCCCCUGCAGGUGGAUAUCCACCAGCCAGUGGGUAUCCCCCUGCUGCUCCAGGUAGCAAUCCCUGGGGCUCUCCGAGCUAUCCUCCAGCAAAUCCCGCACCAAUUGGACUAGAAAAUGUUGCAAACUAUGCUAAUCAGUUUAAUCCUGACUAUAUGGCACAAAUGGCUUCCAACAUAUCAGGAACAUUUGGGGGUGCCAACAUGCCACAACCAGGUCUCUACCCUCCAGCGCCUGGGGGCUACCCCCCUGUACCCCCUGGAGGAUUUGGGCAGCCGCCACAAGGACAGCAAUCCUCUUAUGGAAUGUACCCACAAGUUCCAGGAGGAAAUCCACCAUCAGGAAUGCCAGCUUAUCCAUCAUAUCCGAACACCCCCAUGCCGCCAGCAGGACAGCAGCCCCAGCCUAUGUCGUAUCCUGGUCAGCAGCCCAUGCCAAAUUAUCCUCCUGGCCCAGCUGUUAAUCCUUCUAUGCCAUCGUAUCCAGGACCUACAAUGCCCACAGUGACUCCUGCAGCCACUGGAUAUAGAGGCACCAUCCGUGAUGCUUCAUCGUUUGAUCCCCUGAGGGAUGCCGAGGUAUUGAGGAAGGCCAUGAAAGGAUUUGGAACUGAUGAGCAGGCAAUCAUCGAGUGUCUUGGAAGUCGUUCAAAUAAGCAGCGGCAGCAAAUAAUGCUUUCAUUCAAAACAGCUUAUGGAAAGGACUUGAUCAAGGACCUGAAGUCUGAGCUGUCAGGCAACUUUGAGAGGGCCAUCUUGGCAAUGAUGAAAACACCUGUCCAGUUUGACGUUUAUGAAAUUAAAGACGCUAUCAAGGGUGCUGGCACAGAUGAAGCUUGCCUGAUAGAGAUCCUGGCAUCUCGCAGCAACGAGCACAUUCAUGAAAUCAGUAGGCUGUACAAAUCAGAACAUAAGAAAACUCUAGAAGAAGCCAUUAGAAGUGACACAUCUGGGCAUUUCCAGAGGCUUUUAAUUUCACUGGCUCAGGGAAACAGAGAUGAAAGCACCAAUGUGAACAUGUCACUUGUCCAAAGUGAUGCUCAGGCCCUGUAUGCAGCAGGAGAGAAUCGACUUGGUACCGAUGAGUCCAAGUUCAAUGCAAUCCUUUGCGCCAGAAGUAAAGCUCAUCUAAGAGCAGUUUUCAAUGAAUACCAGCGCAUGUGUAACCGUGACAUUGAGAAGAGCAUAGCCAGAGAGAUGUCUGGAGACCUUGAAUCCGGGAUGCUGGCAGUAGUUAAGUGUGUCAAGAACACACCAGCUUUCUUUGCAGAGAGACUGCACAAGGCCAUGAAGGGAGCUGGGACCAAGGACAGGACUCUUAUUCGGAUCAUGGUGUCACGCAGUGAGGUUGACCUGCUGGACAUACGACAAGAAUACAAACGGAUGUAUGGCAAAUCCCUCUACACAGAUAUCACGGGUGACACUUCAGGGGACUAUCGGAAAAUCCUUCUCAAACUGUGCGGUGGAAAUGACUAAGUGGAGCUCGGCAGGGAUUUAUAGAUUUCUUGUUUGUGUGUUUUAAAAAAAUACCAUCUAGUAACAUGUUAUCAUUUCACAUAUUGCCAGAUCUCUUCCUCUACAGUGUCAUGUUUGCUAACAUUUAUAUUCCUUCCUUUAAUGGUGCAUAAAACAGAAAUUCUGCUGCAAUAGUGGCUGCUGCACUGGAUAGUUGUAGAUCAGAAAUAUGUUUUUGCCUUCUGUGGGUGGGGGGGAGAUGACUUCUAUAUGAGAGACAUGCGUGGAAGAAACAUUUAUUUAGUGCAACAUGAUUCCAUGUAGCUUUAUGUAUAAAGGCUUUUUUCCCUGUAA